GGGGAGCGGCGGAAGCGGCGGGGGUUGUCCCGGUAACCCAACGCCGGCGAGGCUGCGGGGGCCGCGGCCAUGGGCGAGCUGGGCACGGACGAUGGGGCCGGCAACACCUACAGCCUUCGGCCCGGCCUCCAGCACCGAUUUAAAUCGUCCACAGUAAAAGAAUGCAUCCAUGCAAUACUGAAGGAGAAGCUGGCCAAUGUACAGUACGACCCAGAAGAAAUACCCGAGCUUACAAGGUCCUUAUCAGAAACAAUAAAAGACAGACUGAAAGAGGAGGGAUUUGACAGGUACAAAAUGGUGGUGCAGGUUGUGAUUGGAGAACAGAGAGGAGAAGGAGUGAACAUGGCUGCGCGAUGUUUCUGGGACGCUGACACUGACAGCUGUGCUCACGACGUGUUCAUGAAUGACAGCCUGUUUUGUGUGGUAGCUGCGUUUGGCUGCUUCUACUAUUGAAAGUGGCAAACACUGCACAGAGGGACAGAGUUGGAGGAGAAAGCAUUGCUUUGGGGUAUUUUUUGUUAAAGUGCACUAAAGCAUCAUGUUCUUCCUUUAGUACCUAAGAAAAUAACAGCUCUACAAAGCACGUCCUACACCUGGUCUACACACUACAACAUUCCUUCUUCCUUGUGGAUAUCAAUAGAGCUUUAAGCACAAUAUUAUUAUGUCCUUUAUUUAAAUGGCCCUUUGUUUUUUAUGUAGUAUGUUGGUUUUGUCCUAAAAGUGUAUUGUUUCUAAGACAAACUAAACUUUUGUCUUGAGAGGGUUCUGUUACUUUUAUUUUUAUGAAAUUAAUGAAAUAUUUAUAAGAAAAGAAACAUAAUAAAUCUAUGUAUUUGAUA